AUGAGCUCCACCUACGCGGUCGGCACCAUGCUGCAAAGUCCUGGCUCUCCCCCAGGCAUGACAACCUCCAAAAGCUCCAAGUCGUCGUCCUUUCACUCCCUCACCAGCGACGACGGCAGUGUCCUCGCCGACAUUGGCCACUUUGAGGACAUUGGCCUCGACGACGAGCACGGCACCACUCCAAAGGCCUCGACGCAGAUCCUCACCCGUCGCAUCACAUCGCCGCCAACAAGCAUCAACAUCCCAUCCCCGGCCGGACGCACCCUCGCCGCCGGUAAUCGAAGGGCGCCUGCACCAAGACGCUCAUUCCCUAAUCUUCGAAAUAAUGUAUAUUCCUCCAACCCGCGCAACACCAGCACGGCCGCCCUAACAGCCGACCCCCGUCCCAUUACGCUGAAGAAAGGCUAUUCUACCACCUCGUUGCCCCAGGCCCAUCGCCAGCGCAGCAUCAGCCCGGGCCUGUCGAGCCCAGCCCGCGACACAAUCUACCCUCCUCGCUCACGCCGAGGCAGCUGGCAGGCCAAUAACGAUCGCAAGUCCAUCUCCGACCUCGAGCGCGAGUGUGACGAGGACGAGGGCGACGACAUCCCCGACGGUCUUGUCCUGGACAAUGUCCCCAUCUCCCCUCGCCCGCAGCAUGAACGCCCCCCUAGCAGAGCGCCCUCUACCAGCACCUCUCCCGAGAGAACGACAAAGGACCGAGUCCGUAGCAUCGGCAAUGGCACGCCUGCCGUGGCCCAAGCACAGGGCUCGCUGCGAUCCCCUACCUGGAAAUCAGACGCAGAGAAGCGUCCAACGAGUCCCAUGAAGACGCGCGCCCACAGCUGGAAUCUGGCUCAUGCCGAGCUCAAUGCCGAAGCCCGAGCUCUUACGGAGAAGCUCGAGGAGCAUGCCGACGAAGUCGAAGAAGUCGAGUCGCGUCGUCCCUCUACCGUUCGUCCCAACACAUGGGCCUCGUCUCAAACGCAAGAUUAUGCAUACGACCGCAAGGAGCGCGGCAAGUCCUCUACGCCUGAACUGCCUCCCCUGCGCCGGACCGACAACAUGGUUGACCCGCUGCCCAUCUCCAAGGAAAAGGAGGCCGUUCUUAGCCGAACGCGACCUUCCUGGCUUCCGCCCAAAGACCCGGCCGAGGAGCGUCGCCAUGUCAAGCAGUACCAGAAAAUGAUGGCAGCUAGCGUCAGGGCCGACGAGCGCCGUGAAGCCGCCAGAAGAGCCAGGACGACACAUCGUGACAACAACGCCGAGACUCUGAUGCACCUCUGGGAAGAAGACAUCAUCCCGCGCUGGAACGAUGCUAUUCGUGAGCGUCGGACUCGCGACAUGUGGUGGCGCGGAAUUGCCCCUCGCAGCCGAGGAGCUGUCUGGUCCAAGGCUAUCGGCAACGAACUUGGGCUGUCGGCCGCCUCUUUCCAGGCCGCCCUCGGUCGCGCUCACGACGUGGAGCAGCGCAUCAAGGAGGACAAGGCGGAAGAGGGUGACGAGGAAAAGGCCAAGUGGUUCGAAGAUAUCCGCAAAGCGGCUUCAGAGAGCACCUGGACCGAGCUUCGCAUCUUUCAGGCCGGAGGUCCCCUUCACAUGGCUCUUGUCGACGUGCUCUCUGCGUACUCCAUGUACCGCGUCGAUAUCGGCUAUGUGCCUGGUUGUAACACUAUCGCUGCGCUUUUGCUGCUUAAUUUGCCCGACGCCGGGAGCGCCUUUGUCGCCCUCGCGAACAUCCUCAACCGACCACUGCCGCUAUCCUUUCAGACAUCUGACGCUACCGCCCAGGUGUCUGCCUACAACCUCGUCCUGCGCACUCUCAGCCACAAGUCGCCCACGCUGCACGACCACCUCACCACCGCCGUCCCGGACCUCAUACCGGAGCUAUAUCUGAGUGACAUUUUCUCGAGCAUCUUUACCAGCCUGCUUGCGAUUGACGAGGCCGCCCGCCUCUGGGACGUGUACGUCUUUGAAGGCGAUUCGCUGCUCGUCCGCGCCGCCGUGGCUAUUUUGCUCGAGCGCGAGAUGGCCCUGCUCGGCAGCAAGACGCCGGAUGAAGUCUGGGCCGUCAUGUCCAAGGCCUCGACCAACAGCACCGCGCCGCGUGCGGUGGGCGAGAUUGGUGCCGAGGACAAGUUUAUCCAGGCUGUCCGCAACGCAGGCAAGGGAUAA